AUGGAUGCCCUUCAGAAGACCGUGCUGGAUCCUCUCCGGCCGCACCUCCAGCCCAUCGUGUCCGCUAUCCCCGAACCCGUCCAUGAUGCCGUCAUCUCCCUGAUCGGAUCACCCUGCCACAGCGCGCUGCUCCUCGAUCUCGAUGUCACCAAGGACCCUGCCUGCACGUCGCUCGCCAUCUCCAAGGCGCUCGGUCUGGCCAUUGUGGGCGCCAGUGCGGUGGUUAAGGUUCCGCAGAUCUUGAAGCUGAUCAGCUCUCGCUCGUCGGCGGGCGUGUCCUUCGUCUCGUACGCCCUGGAAACCGCCAGUCUGCUUAUCACCCUGUCGUACGGCGUGCGCAACCAGUUCCCCUUCAGCACCUACGGCGAGUCCGCCCUUAUUGCUGUCCAGGAUGUCGCGGUUGGCGUCCUCGUCCUGACCUUUGCUGGCCGGUCUGCUGCGGCGGCUACCUUUGUCGCCGUCGUCGCGGCGAGCGUGUACGCGCUGCUGUUCGACCAGACAUUGGUGGAUGCGCAGACAAUGGCGUAUCUGCAGGCUGGUGCUGGAGCUUUGGGAAUUGCCAGCAAGGCCCCUCAAAUUUAUACCAUCUGGCGCGAAGGAGGAACUGGUCAAUUGAGCGCGUUCGCGGUCUUCAACUAUCUUGCCGGGUCUCUGUCCCGUAUCUUUACCACUUUGCAAGAGGUUGACGACAAGCUCAUCCUGUACGGAUUCAUCGCUGGUUUCAGUCUCAACGUCAUCCUGGCCUCUCAGAUGCUGUACUACUGGAACAGCCCGCCACCCAAAAAAGAGACGACCCGCGCGAAGCCCGUGGAGAAGGCCCCUGUGGCCGAAAGCUCGGGAGUUUCGCCCAAGCCGGGCACGAAGACUCCCACCACACGACGUCGGGGUUAG